UUCGGUAACACGCCCCAAGAGGGCUGGAAAAUCAAAUUUUUGUUAAGGGGGCACAAGAGAACUAGGCGCUCGUGGCGCUCAGUUUUACAAUUGUCGCGCGAACUUUAGCACGGGUUCGCGAACAGCGCGACAGGAAUUAUGUCCGGAGACGUGCAGCCAAGGAAACGUAAGGACAAGCGUCGCAAAAAAGAGGAAGAAGACGCCGGGACGCCUCCGCCGACUUUGGUCCAUUCCUCGGAGCAUGAAAAUGUCACGAUACACGUUCACAAGGAUGGUGGCACAGGAGGACACUGGUGCGCCAGGAUAAUAUUUUUUGCACUUUUGACAAUUCUUGUUAGUCUCAUUGGGAUCAUCAUUCUCGAGCACAGAGGAACUACUGAUGUGGACACACCUGUUGCUCAAUCUCGAUGGGCAACAAUAUUCGACGGUUGGGUAGACGAUACUUCACCAACUCAUGAUGAAUCUCCGGAAGGUCAUGCCGAUGAGCAUGAAGAGCAUAGUGAAGAAGCCGAUGAUCACGAUGAUAAACAGGAAGCAGAUGAAGAGGACGAUGAAGAAGAUCAUGACGAAGAAGAGGAGAAUGGAUCUGAAGAGGUAGCUCUCAAGGAUAGUAAAGAGGAUGAAGAUGCUGACGAAGGGAUAGGAUCUCAAGAAGAAGAGGAUGAAGAUGACACGGAAGAACAUGAUGGAGGAGAAGUUUCAGAUGAGGAUCAAUUGGAUGAAGAAGCUUCGAAAGAUAAAGAUGACGAUGAUCAGGAUAACAAAGCAGAUCUGAAUCUUCACGAAUCCGACGAUGAAGAUUUCGUUGGAUCAGACGAGGAGAAUGAAGAUACCGGCGCUCUUGAGGAAGUUGAUAACACAAGCGGGGAAGAAAAUGACAGUGCUAAUCAAGAUGAUCAAGACGUUAUACAUGAAUCGGAUAACGAAUUGGACGUAAGCAUCGAAGGCGUGAAAGCUUCAGAAGAGGAGCAACAAGAGGAUGACGUUUCUGAGGAAUUCCUGGGAAUUCCUGGUGUCAAUGAAAUUGAUGAUAACAGCGCUGAGCCGUUGGAGGAGGUUGAAGAUGAAGAACCGGAAGAGGUUAUUAACGAAGCGGAAAUAGAGCCGGAACCAGAAGAGAUCGAGGAAGAGUCAACUGGCGUGGCAGUGAAGUUCGGAGUUGGCGUUGCGCUUGUUGUUGCUGCGCAUUUCGUACUCGUUAGGCGAUGGAACAACGCUGAGAACGAAAGUGGCGUCCCUGAUUUGUCGAGACGAAACACCAUCGUCCCUCCACCGCAAAGCAUUGAGCAAAUCGCUUCGACCAUCGACGUGGGAGGGCACGGCGAAAAGUUUGAAAUUCAAAAAGUUUCUCAGACCUAUGAAGAUUUGAAAUCGAAAUACAAGAGUCUCGAGGCGGAGGGCGAUACUGAGAAUGUGUUCGCAAAGACUGCUGGCUUGGGGGUGGAAAAAAUGUCGGCAAAAGAUAUUUGGUCGGAAAGGAGCCCCGCUGGAGAAGAGUUAAAAUCACUGCCGAAAGACACCGCAAAAGAGACAUCGGAGGAAGAAGAGGAAGAGCUUGAGACCUCGGAGGGCGAACGGAUUUCCGGUACGGACGAAGACGAAGACGAAGAAGAGGAAGAAGACGAAGUCGAUGACAUCGACGACAGUGACUUGGUGGCUAAACUAGAAGCGAAAUACGGAAAAUUGCCAACACCACCUGAGAGUGAAGUGGAGGACGAAGAGGAGGAGGAGGAGGAGGACGAAGAGGAGGAAGAAGAGGAAGAGGGAGAGGAAGGACUGGAGGAGGAUGAAGAAGACGAUGAUAUUCAAGGAUGGAAACGUGUCAAAGCACCGAAAGAAUCUCAAUCUGAGUCCGAGGACGAACCUAAGUCUGUUUCAAAACCAGUGCAAAAAGAAAAACAAGGUGGUGGCGCAAAAGACAUUGAAUUGAUCAGCAUCUCUAAUCCAGAGGAUGUUAUCAUUAGGGAAGAUGUUCACUCUGAAAUCACCAAGGAACACGAUGAUUAAUUUCACCUAUUACUGAACAUCACCUUUGUCAAUUCCAUACACAUUUUAACUAUAAUAUUAAUUUUUUGUAGUGUCAUUGUUCACUAAUCUUGUUAUACAAUAAUGAUGUCUCUGAAAAUCAUGAAAUUUCAUCAGAAUGGAACGAAUGUCGCUUGACUAGCUUGAGAACUUUUACUAUCGAUAUUAUAUCAUAUUUUGCACUUAUAUGACAUUAUAAAAAUUUGUACAAUUUUGCACCAGUAUUCUUUGCACCCACAUUUACCAUCAAGAAGAAUACUGGUUCAAUAUUUUCUUACAAAUUUUUAUGUUUAGGAUAAAGAGUAAAGAAACUAACAUUAUUUUUUUUUUGCUUUUACACUCCCAUUUUAACCUACCCCUUGAAAAAUCCUAUUAUUUAAAAUAUAACAACGUAAAAUCCCAUUCACGUGCUGUUUCAUUUUUUGUGAUCUUUUGUGUGAACAAUUAUCUAAACAAUAAUUAUGUAUCGUUUGCUCGGCAAUCAAUAUUUUCCAUGACCCACGAAUGAAUUGAAUGUUUGAUCUUAUAUUUAUCCUUUUUAAUAAUGUAAAAAAUCAUUGCGAAUUAAUGUUUAUGAAAGUAAUCGUUAAUUCUUGUAACAUGCAUCUCGGUUUCACUGUGAUGCACGGAUUGGCUAUUUCUAUGAUGACAAGCACGAAAAAUCUCUUAAUGCUGGAAAAUCACAAUAAUAUCACAAUUCCAAAAUUGUCCUAAAAUAUCCUACGAAUAAAAUCCUCCCUCCUACCGUAUUCUCCACCAAGGCUGAAGAUCAAGUGAAAUAUUUCUCCCAUCUUCUGGCGCAAUAUCCAAAAUCACUUCGAUGACAAUAUCAACUAGCCACAGCACUUCAUGACUUGUCAAAGCAGACAAGAAACAUUAAUUAUCUUCGACGAUCGAUUGCGCACUAAGAAAAUGUUAUCGAUUUUGGAGAGAAAGUACCACAAGAGAUUUUUAAAGCUGCUGUUGAAAAUUGCCUUAGGAAUAUGCGUUAAUUGGAUUUCUUUCACAGAACAACACGAGAAAGCGGAACGCAUCCAUUAAGCUUUAAUAGAAAGACUCCCCAGUGAGUCUUCAUAUAGAAAUGAAUUAACGAUCACUUACUUGAUUCAAAAUAAGUGGAAAUUUACAAAGGAAGUUCUCGAAGUAACUU